CCUCUCCCAACAAGUUAGAAUAGCAGAACGAAGGAUGACCAAAAUAUGAUGAUCAGAAAGCCCAUUACACGAUCCUUCCCCACCGUCAAUAUCCCCGACUGGGAACCGUUAAAUGAUUCGGCGGAUAACUUUCCGGCCGUCGGCUUUAACUGCAAUGCAACCUGCAGCCCUUGUCCCGUCGAAUACCUUGCGGCGCUCCGCCGUUACCUCCCCUCGAACGAUCUGGAGCCCGACACCCUUAGCGACGACUCCGACGUACACAUCAUCGAUGCAUUCUCGUGCGACCAUUUCCGUAUGUACGAGUUCAAGGUGAGGAGGUGUGCUCGUGGCAGGUCGCAUGACUGGACCGCGUGUCCGUACGCCCACCCAGGGGAGAAGGCUCGGCGGAGGGAUCCGAGGAAGUUCCAUUACUCUGGAUCCGCUUGCCCGGAUUUCCGCAAAGGAAACUGUAAAAAAGGCGAUUCGUGUGAGUUCGCUCAUGGCGUGUUUGAGUGUUGGCUCCACCCAACUCGUUACCGGACUCAGCCAUGCAAGGACGGUACUUGUUGUAAACGGAGGGUUUGUUUUUUUGCUCACACGCCGGAGCAACUACGGGUCUUACCCCAGCAGAGUCCGAGAGGGAAUGGGUCCGGGUCCGGGUCAAGUGAUAUGGAUUACUUUGGCUCGCCUAUCCGCUAUCGUUUAGACUAUGUUUCUUCACCAACUUCCAUUUUGGCUUCGCCUCCAAUAUCUCCACCUUCUGACUCACCACCUACGUCGCCGAGCGGCUCAUUUAACUCGGUAAGUGAACUCACCUCUUCCGUACGUAAUCUACAGAUUGGUAAAGCUAAAAUGGGAACUACUUGUUCUCGGGGAUCAUGUUUUGUUUCUCCAAGGAGCUCCAUGCUCCGACCCGGCUCUCCUCUCACUCCAACUCGUACACCGACUCGGUCCGGACUCAGUAAGUUUGAGCUCUGGGAAAGCAAUAAUGCGUUUGAUGAACCUGCAAUGGAGAGAGUGGAAUCCGGGAGAGACUUGAGGACAAGGAUGUACGCUAAGCUGAGUGAGGAAAAUUCUCUUGACCUACUUGAUCCUACCGGGUCGUGUCCUGAUGUUGGGUGGGUAUCGGAGUUGGUCGGAUAUUGAUGGUGAUUUUGAUUUGGGUAAUUUGCAUUGUAAAUAGAAGGCGGCGAAAAAGUGAUCGGGAAAAAAAGUUUUAUUUUGCGGUGGUGGUGCCACCGUUUUUUCUUUGUUAAUUUUCUGGGGAAAACAAAAAUGGAAAAUCGCAACUCUUUGUAUAGAGAUUUGUUUGUCAUUUUGUCUCGUAUAUUAUCUCUGUACUUUCUUUAAUCAAUGUAAUAUAUUUCUUCAUCUUUUUACUAAA